CACACAGUUCAUCAGCAGCAGAAAGCACAAAGCAAGCAUCUGUCCUCAGAAUUGUGCUGUUGGGGAAGAGUGAGGACGACAAGACAAAUCUUGGUAACUUAAUACUAGGGCCUGAAAAAUUUGAAGUCCAAAAAAAGUCCCAGAUCAAACUUUGCAUGGCUGCCUGUGGAGAGUGGAGAGGAAAACCAUUAACAGUAGUGAAAGCUCCAGACAUCUUCAGUCUGUCUGACAAGACAGCGAGAGAAGAGAUGAGGAAGUGCAUCAGUCUUUGUCCUCCUGGACCAAAUGUUCUGCUGCUGUUAGUGAAGGUUUCUGAUUUCACUGAGGAGAACAGACAAACACUGAAAUUCAUCCUGAGUUUGUUUGGUCAAGAUGCUUUUAAACACUCAAUGGUCAUCAGCACACAUGAGGGGAAUGAAACACGCAGUUCUGUCAGUAAGCUCAUUAAAGACUGUGGAGGAAGACAGUACAGGAUGGUAGAAAAAGACCAUGGACAGCUGAUGGAGAAGAUUGAGAACAUUGUUCAUGAAAACAGAGGAACCUUCCUCACCUUCACUGAAGAGACCAUCAGACCAAAGUCUGAACACAUCAAACCAGCUUUAAACCUGGUUCUGUGUGGGAGGAGAGGAGCAGGGAAGACUUCAACAGCCAAGGCCAUUUUAGGUCAGACAGAGUUUCAUUCAGUCUCCAACUCAUCAGAGUGUGUUAAACAUCAGGGAGAGGUGUGUGGAUGUUGGGUUUCCCUGGUGGAGCUGCCUGCCUUGUAUGGAAAACCUCAGGAGGCAGUGAUGGAGGAAUCACUCAGGUGUAUCUCCCUCUGUGAUCCUGAGGGCGUCCAUGUCUUCAUCCUGGUCCUACCUGUGGGUCCCCUCACUGAUGAAGACAAGAAAGAGUUAGAGACCAUCCAGAACACAUUCAGCUCUCGAGUCGUUGACUUCACCAUGAUUCUGUUCACUGUGGAGUCAGAUCCUGCAGCUCCAGCUGUUGUUAACUUUCUAAAGGAAAACAAAGACAUCCAGGAGCUCCGUCAGAGCUGUGGAGGAAGAUAUGUUGUUCUCAACAUCAAGGACGAGCAGCAGAUCCCAGAGCUGCUGGACAUGAUGAGACAAUCUGAAAAUAAACCAUCCUGCUAUACAGCUGUAACAUUUGCACGUGCACAAAUGGAAAAGGUCAUACAACAAGAGAAAAACAUCAUCAAACUACAGGCUGAACUGAAGGACCUGAAAACAAACAGCACAGUCAGAGGUGAUGAUGAGGAGCAGAGCCCAGAGAGUCUCAGGAUUGUGCUGAUAGGGAAGACUGGCUGUGGAAAGAGCUCUACAGGAAACACCAUUCUAGGAAGAAAGGAGUUUAAAGCCAAAUCAAGUCAAACAUCAGUCACCAAACUUUGUCAGAAAGCACAGAGUAAAGUGGACGGUCGUCCGGUCGUUGUGGUCGACACUCCUGGUCUGUUUGACAAUAGUUUGACCCAUGAAGAGGUUCAUGAGGAGAUGGUGAAAUGCAUCAGUCUUCUGGCUCCAGGACCACAUGUCUUCCUGUUGGUGUUACACGUUGGCAGAUUUACACAAGAGGAGAAGGAGACAUUAAAACUCAUCAAGGAAAGUUUUGGGAAGAAUGCUGAAAAGUUCACCAUCAUUCUUUUAACUGGAGGAGAUACACUAAAGCAGGAUAAAGUUUCCAUUGAAGAAUACAUUGAACAGGACUGUGAUGAUUCCUUUAAGAAGCUGAUCUCUGACUGUGGAGGAAGAUACCAUGUGUUUGAUAACUAUGAUGAACAAAACCGCACACAAGUCAGUGAGCUGAUAACCAAGAUUGACACCAUGGUGAAGGAAAAUGGAGGCAGCUGCUACACCAAUGAGAUGCUGCAAGAGGCCGAGGCAGCUAUAAAGAAAGAAAUGGAGAGAAUCCUGAAGGAGAAGGAAGAAGAGAUGAAGAGAGAGAGGGAGGAGCUUCAAAGAAAACAUGAGGAGGAAAUGAAAGAGAUGAAAAGAAGAAUGGAAGAACAGAGAGCAGAAACUGAAAAGGAGAGAAAACUGAGAGAAAAACAACUUAAAGAAAAGGAGGAGAAGAUAAAGAAGGAACUUGAGGAGAGAAAGAAAGAACAGGAAAAGAGAGAAAAAGAAGACAGGAAGAGAAAACAACAGGAAGAAAUUAAACGACAGGAGUGGAAACGAAAGGUUGAAGCUUUGGAGCAAAAUAUAAGAUCAGAGUCAGAAUCAAAGGAAAUGAUUUACAGAAAGUUGAAGGAGAGCAGAGAAGAGAUGAGAAAAGAACGAGAGAAAUAUGAGAAAGAACAAAAAGAAUGGCCGAGAUCGUCCAACACCCACUCACAGGAGAAGAGGCGGCCCUGCGUAAUACAACAGUGGGUGCAGUUAGGGGAGAACACCUUCCUUUAA